UCCCACCCCCGGGUUCCCUCUCACAUGACCCGGCCGGCUGGGAGAAGGGUGAGGGCGAUGCCACGGGGAGUGCGGCUGGCCGGCUGCGGGACUCUCAUUGUUGGAUCGUCCGCCGUGUUUACACCAUGGCCUCGUUGCCCCUUUGCGCCCGCUUGUCCUACGCUGUGGGGCACUUUCUGAAUGACUUGUGCGCGUCCAUGUGGUUCACUUACCUGCUGGUGUUUUACCACUCGGUGCUGGCCAUCAACAACUACAACGCGGGCAUCCUUCUGCUGAUCGGGCAGAUAGCGGACGGCUUCUGUACCCCACUCAUCGGCUACGAGUCCGACCGCACUCGGGGCUGCGGGGACUACGGCAAGAGGAAGACCUGGCAUCUUGUUGGUAGUGCCUGUGUCAUUCUCUGUUUCCCAUUCAUUUUCAACCCGCCUGUGGGCAGCAGCGAAGACAUCCCGCAGUGGGUUGAGCUCAUCUACUUUACUCCAUUCAUCAUUAUCUUCCAGUUUGGAUGGGCUUCAGUGCAGAUCUCUCAUCUGUCCUUGAUACCAGAGCUUGUCACCAACAAACACGAGCGGGUGGAACUCACCGCUUCCAGAUAUGCUUUCACAGUUGUGGCCAACAUUGCCGUGUAUGGGAUCGCAUGGCUGCUGUUCCACUUUCAAGCUGGAGAUGUUGACAACAGCAGUCUUGGCAAAGAGGACAUUCCACUCUUCAGGACCCUGGCGCUGGUUGUCGUUGGAAUUGGCUUUGUUUCUUCAGUGCUUUUCCACAUCGGAACUAGGGAGAAGAGGAGGAAUGAAGAUGAGGAGGUUGCUGACGAACAUACGCCAGUCCUCAGUGGUUCCAGGAAAUCCCCGAGCCAGCCACUGCUGCGGUGGAAACAUUGGCUGAAGGAGUUGUCUUUUUAUCACGUGGCCUUUCUGUAUAUGUGCACUCGACUUAUUGUCAACCUCUCUCAAGUCUACAUUGCAAUGUACCUAACCUACACUCUAAAUCUACCGAAGAAAUACAUUGCCGUGAUCCCCCUGGUGAUGUAUGUCAGCGGAUUUCUGUCCUCCCUGCUCAUGAAGCCUGUGAACAAACUUAUCGGCAGAAAUAUGACCUACUUCGUCGGGCUUGUGAUGAUCUUGGCGUUUGCUUAUUGGAUCUGGUUUUUCAAGAUUAAGAGUAGUGUGUUUGUGGCUGCUGUCCUCCUCGGCUGUGGCUCUGCCACGAUUUUGGUGACCUCCCUCUCCAUGACGGCUGAUCUCAUAGGAGAACACACUCAAAGUGGGGCCUUUGUCUACGGAUCCAUGAGCUUCACCGACAAAGUAGCCAAUGGACUUGGAGUGCUCAUUAUUCAGAGCCUUCAUCCUUGCAAGACCCAGAGCUGCUGUGCACAAUGCGGGCCAUUCUAUCACCUGGUCAUGGUGUUAGUGACCGGCUGCAUCGGCUGUGUGGCACUCAUUUCAUUGGGAGCCACUCAAAUCUGGCCAAUCAAGAUUAGGAACCGGCAAGAAGAUAAUUUUGUUCAAAGCCAGAAUCGGAUUGACAGCUCGUAGAUUUGUAGUAGAUUUCAAUCCUCUAUUUUAACAUGAAUUCACUAAACAGAGAAGUACAACAGAUGAACCUAAAAGGCCUAUCUACUUUAAUGUCUUUAACUUGCUAAACUAAAUGUGUUUUUAAACUUAGAGAUCAAAAUAUUAGUUUGUAACAGGGACCUAACCUUGGUGUCAGUACCAGCUCAAUGGUAAAAUUUAAAGAUAGAAUUUGUUUUCUACCUGCUUGGGUUUCUCAAAAUGCUUCACAGCCAAAGGGCAUCGUGAGUACACAGAGAGCAAGAUUCUCCAUAAGCCCCUCAUCCUUACCGGGGCCGGGACUGCCAACAGCAGCUCGCCAGCGUCCUCUGUCCUGGGCUGAAAGAAAGUUGACCGGCCCUGUGCCUUCCGCCUUCACCACACGACUCCAUUCUUCUCCUAAACAAAGAUCCUCGCUCUCCCAGGGAUAAGGUCUUUGGAGCCUCUGUUGGCAUAUCUGUAGCUCUUAUGGGAUGGGGCUGCUAGUCCCAUGCCCACCCUCCUCCUCUAGCAGCCGGGUUUGGGACCGUCCAUGGCAGAGUAAAAUGGACAGAUGUUGAGGGAGAAAUUUUGGCCAGGACAUUGGUAAAACACAAGCAGGGAUAGGCCUUUGAGCCUGCACUGCCGUUCAGUCAGACCAUGGCUUGUCUGAUCCUGGACUCUGCUCUACUUUCCUGGCUCUUUUCCCGUACCUCUUGACAUUCAUGUGGACUAAAACUCAGAUGUGACCUUGAAUGAAGCAGACUAAAACCAGCAGCUUGAGAAGAUUUGUAUCUGAGAGAUCAGCGGUUUCAGAAUGCGUAUGCAGUAUACAACCCUCAGACCUGUCUUCCCACAGGCAGCUAUGAAACAAAGGAAACAUGGAGCACAUUCAAAGAUGAACAUCGACCCCUCUCCAACAUGCAAAGUAAAGCUCAAAUUGCACAAUCAGCAAAAAUAAAACGAGUGAAAAUUAUAGGGAAGAUGUCAACAAAAUAGAGAGAGUACAGAGGAGAUUUACUAGAAUGUUACCUGGGUUUCAGCACCUAAGUUACAGGGAAAGGUUGAACAAGUUAGGUCUUUAUUCUUUGGAGUGUAGAAGGUUGAGGGGGGACUUGAUAGAGGUAUUUAAAAUUAUGAGGGGGAUAGAUAGAGUUGAUAGGCUUUUUCCAUUGAGAGUAGGGGAGAUUCAAACAAGAGGACAUGAGUUGAAAUUUAGGGGGCAGAAGUUUAGGGGUAACAUGAGGGGGAACUUUACUCAGAGAGUGGUAACUGUAUGGGAUGAGCUUCCAGUAGAAAUGGUAAAGGCAGGUUCGGUAUUGUUAUUUAAAAAAUAUUGGAUAGGUACAUGGACAGGAAAGGAAUGGAGAGUUAUGGGCUGAGUGCAGGUCAGUGGGACCAGGUGAGAGUAAGCAUUCGGCAAGGACUAGAAGGCCUGCUUCCAUGCUGUAAUUGUUAUAUGGUUAGAUGAAAAACACGGAAUAUAAAGCACCAAUCCAAAGACACAUCAGAAGACUUUAGGCACAUUCAGCUCAGCUCAGUUCAGUUCAAUCUAGCACUAUGUCACUUGUUAUCUCCAGGUCAUCUCCCCAAUCAAAAUCACACAGUCACAACAAAAAAGGGAGCCGCCACAUAACGUGAACUACACCGUCUAGUCCACAAUAGUUACUGAAGCUGGAAUGGACAUCCAGGGAAAUAGUUCACCAUAACUUGCUGGUCUUUUACCUGAAUUUUCUUUUGGACAACUGAAGUAUUCUGCUAUCUGGAUUGAAUGGUAGUUACCCAACAUCUUGCUCCAAGAGCAAGAUUUCUCCUGGGCAAUGUUAAUGAUUAAAAAAAAACCUGGUGGGAAGGGAAACUGAUUGUUUACCCAUUUAGUUUCAGAAUUUGUGGGAACUGGCUGGGCCUUAGCUGGUUUUAUUUAAGAUGGCUUCUGAAGUUCUGUAUCAUAGCAACAAACCCUUGAUGGUCUGUGAAACAUUUUGAGAUGCCCAAGAUUGUGAAUUAUUCUAUAAAUAAAUACAAAUGCUCUCCUCCUCAUCCUUAGUAAAGUUGUUCAGAAUACAACAUGAUCCCUGAAUUUACCUUUGCAAUUCACUUGAAUCUGAGAUAAAUAUAAUUGUAUACAGUAAAUGAUUUUCUAUAAGCUAACAUAAACUGUAAAAACAAAAACAAUCUGUGUUUGUACCUUGAUUAAUCUGAUGUGCCGUUUGUAAUGGGAAUGACAUGCGACAUUAAUACUAGUUAAUAUGCAUUUUUUCAUGUUUCUUUUUAGUUAUCUUUUAGAUGCUUCUUAAAAUUUCCAAAGGUGGCCAUUUUAAUCAUGAGCUAUCUUGUUAACCAAUUUUUUUUUUGCGUUACACAACAAGCAAGAAUAGGCCAGUUCUGCCAUUCAGUAAGAUCUGUGCUUCACACAUGCUUGAUUGAUCUGAUUUCUAACUUCAGCUCCACAUUCCUGUCUACCACCAGCAGCCAUUCCUUCCAUUCCCCGCCACAAAUCUACCUCUGGCGUUUUAAAAAAUCAUUCAACAAUCCUGUUUCCACCACCCUUUGAUGAAGAGUUGUAAAGAUUCUUAACCCUUUCUGAGAAAAGAAAAUUUUACUUCAUAAACACGAGAUUCUGCAGGUGCUGGAAAUCCUGAGCAGCGCACACAAACUCAGCAAGGCGGGCAGCAUCUAUGGAGAGGGCUAAACGUUCGGUGUUUCAAGCCGAGACCCUUCACCAGGACUGGAAAGGAAGGGCAGCAGGUGGGAGAAGGAAGGGAGCACCAACUGGCAGGUGAUAGGAGAGACCAGAUGAGUAGGAAGGGGAUGAAGUGAGAAGCUGGGAGGGGAUUGAUGGAAGAGAUAAAAGGGCUGAAAAAGGAGCAAUCAGUUCGGGGAGGAGAGUGGAAAUCUGAUAGGGGAGGAGUAGUUUUCCACUGAGGGUAGGUGGGAUACCACUCCAGGCCAUAGAUCAGGGAUGAAAGGUGAAAAGUUUAGAGGGGGGCAUGAAGGGGAACUUCUUCACUCAGAGGGUGGAAGAGUAUGGAAUGUGCUGCCAGUACAAGUGGUGUGUGUAAGCUCAAUUUUGACAGUUAAGCCAAGUUUCGAUAGGUGUGUGGAUGGUAGGGUUAUGAAGGACUACGGUAUGGGUGCAGGUCGGUGGGAGUAAGCAAUUUAAAUAACACAGAGAAGAUGGGCUGAAGGGCCUGUUUCAGUGCUGCACUUCUCUAUAACUCUAUAAAUUUUUGUCUUAAAUGGGCUACGUCUUUAAAACUAUGACUCCUAGUUCUAUUUUCUCCUAAAAGAAGGAAAUAUCCUCUCCACAUUCACCCUUAACAUCAAAAUGGCUGCCUUUGAGUUUCAUUAACUUCUUUGUCAUUUUUACUCAAAUCAUUGCUUGUCCUCAGCUUUUCUAUUUUAUUAUUUAAGCACGACCAUUUUGUUUUCAGCAUAAGUGUACAGUUGUCAUUUCAAUUCCAUUGCAAAUUGCCCAAAGCUGAGUUAUUAAGCUAAAUGGCUAUAGUCUUGUGAAGAAUUAAAGUUAAAUGAAUAUAUAUUAAAUGCUGCUAAAUAUUUUUUGUGGAGAAAAGCUAAAUCUCAGUGGUUGAACUAUGCACAAGUAAAGUAAAAAUCUAUUAUUAAUUCUUGUGUUAAUAAACUUCAUCUCGAGCAGUAUAUUUUUCACAAAUUUACAAUAUUGUAUAUUUUAAUGUGAAAAAUAUUGUGUAUUAUGUAACACUACACAAAUUUUAAAUGAUUACUAAAUAUUCAUUAAUAUGCUAUACUUGUAAUAUAUUCAAAGAAAAUUUAUAAAUGUCAGUCUUUAAAAACUUCUAUGUACUAUUUAAUGUAAUUUCAUCAUGACAAGAUUUAUACAGAAAAUACUCAAAUAAAUGCACAUAAACAGUGUUUUAACAGUAUAUUAAAAUCUGCAUAAUUUAUUCCAUAAUUGUAAAUUGAGCACAAUGUUAAAUCUAACUUUCAGGGUAUUCUGAAAAGUCUUAUUUUAUCAAUGGCUUCAUUUGACAGGCUUUCUGAUGGUUUAUUGCAGCAGUUUACAUGGACACUUUGGCAUUAAAUUCAAUCACCUUGUUUACAAGAACACAAUUACUCCCAAGUUCUGGGAAGUGCCUUUGCAAAUUGUAUGGUUAAGCAUCAGAUGUUAAACUGACGCAGUGCUACAGAGGCUGGAAAUCAAAACUGGAAGCAGAAAGUCCUGAGACACGAGUAUUUCCAGGAUUUGCGUGUUUGGUGUUUUCAACAAGCUUGCAGUAAUCCUACCAAAUGUCGAAUGUUCUGCCUGGGGAGUCAACAUCCCAACAGCAUUAACUUUCAGUUAAUUGAGUUCCAAUUUUGGUUAACCUGUCCUCUUACUCUCUCCUCGUAUCUACUCAAGUCUUCUUGUACACCCCCUUCUUUUCAAACUGUCCCUGUUCCUUUCCCAUUGCCAAUUGACUCCAUAUCUGCAUCACCCACACCAACUUAUUCCACUUCACCCCCUGUCCUCGUCAACUCCCUUAUUUGGUUCAACUCCUCAUCUUCUUUUCUCAUCAAAUUCCAGUAUCUACAGCCCCAGGUGAGGACUGGUGUGUCUCUUCCUGACUUACCUUUCCAGCAGCCCACGAUCAGUUCCUCGGUCUUACUGAUGCUGAGUUCCAUGGUUGUUGUUGUGGAACAACUCAACCAGCCUCUCUAUCUCACUCCUGUUCCCGUCCUCACCUGAUAAGUAAUUUAUAGAUCACUUAUUUCUUAUGCUUUAUCAAACUCAAGUGCUUGAAGUACAAAAUACCAUGGUCUACUUCUAAGUUUAAAAUUGAAAAUGUAAGUGUCACGGUCUUGAUUUAUUUGUUAACCUAUGCCCUUUUUUGUCUGA